UUUUAUGUUCUUAUCUCUUGUCGUACUCCGUAUUUAUUAUGUGUGUGUGAUCAUUGAGCUGAAUGUUUUUGUGUUACUUCUUGCUGUGAUUUUUUGUCUACAUGGAUAUCUGUGAAGAGUUAAUUGGUAAUAUCAUGCUCUUACUAUGAAUUUAACCUGCUGUAACUUUUAAGAGAUUCUCUUACUAUGGUAUUCUUUGUUAAUCCUUUAGAGCUCUCAUUGUUGGCUUUGGAAGAAUGCUUUAGGACAUUGUUGGCUUCAAUUGCCACAAUCAGACAUAAACAAGUAGUGAACUGGUUGUUAACUCUUUACUCUGUAGCAAUCGGUUAGUCGAUAUCCAAAAUAUAUGUCGGAAUGCGAGUUAUGUGUUACAAUUACUCUAAAAUCCAGAUAAUGAUGUAUAUUUACUAAAGGAAAAAUUUGGAAAGUACCUCUCAUCGCAAAGUUAGGAAGCACAAAGAUACUUCUCUGUUUUACAAUCGAAAUUAUAAAUAAAGCAUCAAAUCUUCUUCACUUAUCUAUUAUUUACCUACUUGCUCUUUACUCUUCUUUGUAAUUCAUUCGUAAAGCUCUUCAACUAUCAAUGUUAGACGCUAUGCCUUUGAAAAUUAUAUAGAAUUAUGAGUUGGUUUUGAGCCUUUAGGUUCUCAAACCACUUGAAAAACUUGGCUUUAAGCUUGUAUGCUAGAAUAGACCCAACAAGGUUUCUUGGCUAGUGGACAGUCUCAAGUUUUCAUUCCGAAUGUGCUUUCUGGCAGACCGCAGAAGUGUAAUCCGUCACGUCACGGAUUGAUGAAAUCCUAGGAUCAGGUCUAACAAAGGCAUAAAGGUUUUGACAGGAGAAUAAUGUGAUACUCCAAUUCUUGAAUAGUUACAGAAUUUUAAGUACUCUAUAAACCUUCGGUUCUUCUACUACUAAUGAACUUAAAAACUUGUUUGGUGACACAACAAGAAUCAGCAAGUUGUUUGGUUAGCUAUAACCAGAUUGUUAAAAUUACUGCUUGUUAAUACAAUCUUGAAUAAGUUAUCCUAUCUUCUGGUAAACACUCUUUUGUAUAACAAUAUUUAAAACUUGUUAAGUAGCCAUUAAUUUGUAUCAUCCUGCAGGUGUUUGUGUUUCAUCAUCCCUAGUUUGAUUUUCUCGGUCCUAUAAAUAAUAAAAUGAAUUUAUCUUCUCUAUGCUGACAGCUGCAUACUUCUUUACUUUAUGAAGUGUGUAUUUCAUCAUUUAUAGUCGAUACAAUCCGUGAUCUACGCUUCUUUAAACUGUUUAUUUGACUUUCCUCUCAUACCCGUCUUGCUGUUCUAUCCAGGCUAUGCUGUGGUAGCCCAGAGUUUCAGUUUCAUUGGACUGGGCUCUUGGUGGGCCCAGUAAGAAGGGAUUUUUUGUUUGGGCCACAUUUGGAAAGUCUGAACUUCUAAGCUAGCUCCAGUAGUCAAAAUUCACUAGAAAAUGCCUGUUCCAAAUGCUCAAACAUGGAUAUUAUCUGCUAAUUUAUUUAUUUCUAUAGGUUGGAAUUUACUAAUAUAAUCUGACUUGCUAAAUUGUCCCCGCGCAUAUAUAUAAGGAUAGAGAGCUAAGACAGUAGGUUUCACUUCUGUGUUAGCGUCGCCGCAGUCUUGCAAGCCAUAUGGAGCAGCAACAGAUUGAGAAGUUCAAGAGGUACGAAGUUGAGUGCAGGAGAUAUUUGAUGUCCAAGUACUUCUCAGACAAGAAUAUCUUUGGAGGAAACAUAUUUGAUGUAAAAAUGACUAAAGAUGGAGAAACCACAAAAGUGAGCAGGUUUCCUGGUUACCAGUCCUAUGUAGACCCUGCUAAUUUUAAUGAUGGAAACAGUAGCAAGUCAAAUUCUACAAGUGAAACUCAUGCUAAGAGGAAGCAACCUUCAAAGAAAAAUUACUUAUCUUAGAAUUUCUUUCCUUUUAUUGGGCAAUCCUUUUAAUCCGUACAAUCUUGUGGAUAUGAAUAUUAAACUUUCAAAGAAUUUCAUUUUAUCCU